AUGGAGUCGCUCUCUAAAAUGCACCAUUCUCACCUCUCACUCGCUCACCACAAUUCUUCAUUUCCAACAGUAUUUUCUCCUCGCUUCUUCCGCUCUCUACCGCUACCUCCAUUCUCUCCUCCAUCAUUCAAAUCAUUUUCUAUCAGAGCCUCAUCAACACCGUUACCAAAAGCCCACCUCCGACAAACCCUAAAUCCUCAUUUCUCACCUCUAGUCAAAUCCACUUGCAUCGCCAUCGCCGCAACCGCAUUCUUCUUCACCCGCCUACAGCUCAACACCGCCACGGCGGCGCCGGUUCUUCCUCCUUCGGAUUCCUCCGUGUCGGAAACUCUCCCGAGCGCCGUCGAAGAGCAGCAACCGAGCAACAACCUCGACGAAGCCGACGCGCUUCGUUCCCUGACGGAGGAAAAGAUCAGAGCUGGCGAAAUCGACGAAGCGAUUCGCGUUCUGGAGCGUUUGAUCUCGCUGGAACCGGAGGAGUUGGAAUGGCUACUGCUGAAGGCGCACUUGUACAUCCACAACGGCGAACACAAACUUGCCUUGAACGUGUUCGAAAGUGUGCUUAAGAAGGAACCGUUUAACGUUGAAGCUUAUCGUGGCUUUCUAAUGGCUAAUUCGGAAUUGAACGAGCCAAGUGAGGAAUUGUUGAAGAGGAUCGAAGAAGCGGUUAGGGUUUGCGAGGAGGAAGAGAUGGAUUCAGAGGUUAGGGACUUUAAGCUUUUGAUUGCGCAGAUAAAGGUUAUUGAUGGGGAAUUAUCUGAUGCGCUGAAGGUGUAUGAAGAGCUUGUGAAGGAAGAACCCAAGGAUUUUAGACCUUACUUGUGUCAGGGUAUUGUUUAUACUAUGCUGAGGAAGCAAGAUGAAGCUGAGAAACAGUUUGAGAAGUACCGAACACUUGUUCCUCAAGAUCAUCCUUAUAAAGAGUAUUUUGAGGAUAAUACUAAGAUUUUCUCGCAGAGCCUAGAGAGUGGAGGAAUAGGUGCAAAGAGCUGA